AUGACCCCAAUUCCUACUGACUGGGCAUUGCACACCACAUGCAUUGCUGCUGACUUCAUUCACCAGCGCUUCACUUGCCAUGUCAGCAAUUGGCAACUGUCGGUGUUGCCUCCAUUGGCACUGGAUGUGCCAACCAUGCUUGCUUGUCAGCAGUUAGCCCAAGUGCUUGCCGAUGUGUAUGCAAACCCAAUUCAGCUUGAUCUUGACAUGAUUCGGUCCAAUGAAGCCCUCAACAAACGGUCCACAGGAAGGAUCACAAAACAUGAAGACGCUCUGCUCCAAAAAUUUCCUUGUAGUUCCCAACAAUUGUUGGAGAAGCCCUUGGUGCUCAUGGAUUCUGGGGGCCGUAUCAUCUUAUGGUACCUUCUGGACACCAUUAGCCUGUGGAUUCAAGUUGAGAUGGAAGCAGCCACAGUCGGAAUGGGCUACCUCCUGAAAACAAGCAUCACCAGUGGACAAGAGUCCAACUGGAGAACAUUCUCUGUGUCAGCCAUAUGGUUUCCCCCCCGCCGGUGGUUUCACCCCAGAGGUGUCGGCUACACUGAAGGGGGAAGGUGGUCCGAAGGUCAUAAUAUCAAUGCAGCGAUUGGCACUCCUGGCCUUGGCGGCUCUUCGGGUGAUGCACCCGGAGUUGUAUUGGGCUUCAGUCACCACACAGAUGAAACUCACUCAAUGGGCUAUGGAAAAUGA